AUGGCCUAUAAAACUCCUAUUGGUAUGUCAUCCUACCAAUUGGUGUUUGGGAAGGCUUGUCACUUACCCAUUGAGUUAGAACACAAGGCUUUAUGGGCUUUGAAGAAGUUGAAUAUGGAUUGGGAGGAUGCUUCAAAAUCGAGAGUGAAUCAACUUCAUGAGUUGGACGAGUUUUGGCUCAAGGAAUAUAAAAGCUCCAUGUUGUACAAAGAGAAGAUGAAGAGAUGGCAUGAUGCCAAAAUCUUAAAGCGAGAGUUUCGUGUGGGUGAUGAUGUCUUUCUCUUCAAUUCAAGAUUGAAACUCUUUGAGGGGAAGCUUAGAUCGAAGUGGUCGGGCCCGUUUGUAAUUUCAAAUGUUUACCUGAGUGGAGCUAUUGAGUUGGAAGAUCACGAGAAGAAAUUUAUGGUGAAUGGCCAACGAUUGAAACAUUAUCAUGUGGGUGGACCCAGAGCGACUAAAGUUAAGUUGCUUCGCUUAAAAGAUCCAAAAUUAUGA